UGUUAUUAUAUCACAUGCGGGAAACCAUCACGGAUGCAUAGCGCAGGCUGCCACAAUUUCGCUUAGCGAGGCGAUAUAUAAUACCCUCCUAAAAUCAACUGGUCUCAGGAUCCCUAUCUCUUCGAACAGAAGCAACCUUGUCUUCCUCGGUACGGCUCGGAAUCCAUUGCUAGACAUCCUUUUGCGCCACCACUGCUAGCGCCCUUUACAAACCUUGAUGUGUCUCCACGAAAUCGUCGGUGACUAUUGGACAGGGUGUGGCCACUUUCAUGGAAGAUAUUUCACCGGAGUGACCUCCGACUGCGGCUCCUUACGGUGUAAGACGAGUGCAUCUCACAUGCACAGGACAGCGCGAAAUUGCGGGUGCCCCUCGGUGGUGACGGAAGACCGCCGGGUGCAAAACUUGUACCGAACACCUCAUCCUGACUGCGUACGACCGUCACGGUAAAUCUGGUGUACCUAGCUGACAUCCGAAUGUCAUCACAUGUCGGAAUACCUAUAUCCCAAAUUCCUCUUUUGUAUCUGUAUUUUAGUCGUGAUGUUGUAGCCUCACAGGUGUUGGAUAUUUUCGCAGUCAUUCAUUGACAACUAUGCAUUAAUCUUUCAGGCUCCGUAAAGGUGGACUAUUCUGAGCACUUGUAGUCAGGCGAAGAUUCCACGGAGGUGAUUCACAAUGAAGGUAAACAGUACGGAGGCGCAGUACCAGAUCAAAGUGACCAUUCAUCAAUAUGGUCGUGAAUUGAGAUUGACCGG